CAAGUUUGUCUUUACUAGAGAAUUUCAAUUGCUAGUUGAGAAAGAGAAGAGUAGUGUUGUGGAUACUUUGGUACAGUUUCUGCGAUUUCUUCAAAGAGCAAGCAGUACGUUCACAAACAAGCAAGGAGUAUACGUUUUGGAGCUUACAUUUAGGAGAGUAAAAGCAAACAGGUUAUGGCUCCUUCAAAGACAAAGGCUGCCUCUAGAGCAAGGGAAAAUAUUUUGAAGGCACUAAGAGUGACAAUCGCUAAAAAGAAGCGUAAAUCAUCAAAGGCAACCAGCCUGAUACAAACCGGCUUGAAAUUACUGAAGCGUGGCUGUGUUACAAUGCAUAGGAUUGUGAGACGCAAAAUACUUGGAAUCAAACAAAAAGUCAUGUUCAACAAGAAGGGAUCGCCUUAUGGUGCUGCAGCCAAGGAAAUGCAAUCAUAUAUCGGGGUGCUAGCACGGACUAAGGCACCAAUUUGGAGAUCUACUUGGAAGCAGGUGCCAAGAGAUCGUAAAAAUAAGAUUUGGCAAUGUGUUGAGAUGGCAUUUGAGGUACCCCUGGAGGCAAGGAGAAUGGUUCUAUCUUCAGCUUCACAUAAGUGGAGAGAAUUCAAGAGCAAGCUGACUACACAGUACAUCAUCCCACAUAAGGAUGAACCAGAAUUGUUAGAGUAUCCCCCAGCUGAUUACAACUUCAUUGAAAAGGCUCAUUGGGACAUAUUUGUAGCUGAUCGCUUGUCAGAUGAAUUUAUGGAAGUGCACAAGGUGCAAAAGAAGAAGAGGGAAAAGAACAAGUACCCUCAUCGGAUGUCGCAUAAGGGAUAUGCAAAUCUGGAGGCUGAACUGUCUGAAUCUGUCCCUGAAUCGGAAUUGGACCGUGCAACAAUGUGGAUCAAGGCACGGCAGGAUAAACAUGGUAAUUUCAAAGAUUCUGAGGUAGAGCAGAAGGCAACUGAAAUUGACAAGUUGAAGAAGCAGGUGAGUGAUGGUGAGGUGACAACUUGUGGCACCGAUGAUGUAUUAACCAAGGCUCUAGGUAUCCCUGAGCACCAUGGCAGAGUACGUGGUGUGGGAGGUAAUAUCAACCCUUCGUCUUAUUUCAACCUACCUAAGCAUAGAAGGAAGACUGUUGAAGAGAGGAUUAGGGAAGGCUGCAAGAAAUUUAUAGAGGAAGAGACCGAAAAAAUUGUGGCAAGAGAGAGAGCAAUAUGGGCUGAGAGGCUAAUGAGGGUGGAAGCAAAACUAUAUGGGACAACCAUUCCCAUUGAGUCCCCUCCGGCAGGUCACCUUACCAAGGACCUUGGUUCUGGACAAGGUAGUUGCUCCAACUUGAAGGAGAAGACCACAAAGCAAAAGGCUGAGGAGGUUGCUAACCCUGCAAAGAAGCGCUUAGAGUUAGUUGAUGACAUAGAUGAGAAAAUAGAAGAACAAAAUGGCAGGGGGUUGCUGGUGGAAGUAGAAGCUGGUAUAGAAGUAGCAGCUACUUUAGAAGUGGCAGCUGCUAUAGAGCAUGUUCAUGCCGCUCCUAUAGAGGUUCGUGCUGCUCCUAUUAAGUCGGUUGAAGUUACACAGGAGGAACUGAGGCCGUCAGAGUGCAAAUUGGCUUUAGGAUCAGUAGACAAUAUUGUUGCCAUUGCAAGCGUUGUUGAAGUCCAAGAUGAUAAGUGCGCCAAUCAGACAGUUCAUGGUCAUCCUUUGGGAGAAGGGAAUGUGCGAGUGUCGAUCAUUCGUCCACUUGUUCCUGAAGCUAAGCUUCCAUUCCCAGUCAAUGAUGAGAUAGUGUCUGUCAAAGAUGCUGUUGGGACUUAUAUCGCUUGGCCGAGGGACCUCAUACUUCAAUCCCCUCCCCAAACUAACAAGAAACAACCAAAUAAGGCCGCAGGUAAGGGCUCGAAGAAAAGGAAAAGGCAAACAGCUGGUGAUGAAGAGGAGUAUAUUGACUUGAAGAAGCUGCCAAAAGAUUACCCUUCACCUUUGAAGUGCUUGUGGUUGUGGGGGAGAGACGCACUAGACGAUGGGAAGACAAUCUCUUUCAUGCUAACAGAUAAAGUAUUUGGGAUCAAUAGGAAGCAAUAUUUGUAUAAGGGAGACAUUCAUGCAUUGUGUACCAUGAGUGAACUAUCAGGCGACGUCAUCUGCAUGUAUAUGUGCUAUUUGCAUGAAGUAUUGAAGAAAGCAAAGAUGUCGGACAUGGUUGGCUUUGUGGACUCUCAUCAGAUUGGAGCACUUGGAUCUGGAAAUCCAACGGAAAGGUCGCGUCAUUUAUCAGUUAGGUUCACAAAUGCAAAGAAAGGCCAAAUUUUUAUGUUGCCAUAUAAUGCAGGUAAGCAUUGGAUGUUAACUGUUGUCAACCCGGAGGAAGAAAUUAUCUACUUUAUGGAUCCACUAAGGCGUCGACUAGUUGGCGGAGAAUGGCAGAUCAUUGUGGAGAAUGGGAUCAAAAUUUACAAUGCUCAGAGGAAUCGAUCUGGCCGGAAAUCAAUAACGUGGCACAAUAUGGGGGGUAUUCCGGUGCAACAAGGUGACAAGGAUUGUGGGAUAUUCAUCAUGCAGUACAUGAAGGAAAUAGUUCAGGAUAAGAAUCUAGAAUUUGCUUCAAAGAGGCAGCGACGAUCAGAUCUGGUAUACGCCCAGAAGGAUCUUGAUGAUGUCAGGUCAGAGUGGGCUAGGUUCGUCAUGAAGUAUCAUGCAACAUAGAUAUCUGGUUGGUAAAGGCGCAGUAUUAAUGCAUGUUUUGGUAUUUUGGCUGCUAUGUUUUUGGCCUUAUAGCUAGGGAAGGUUCAAUAUGUUUCUGGACAAUUAGUAUAGGCUAGCUAGGGUUUCUGGCCUUGAUGUUUUUGGCCUUAGUUUAGGCAAAUGCAGGUGGCAUUGAUAGACAAGUACAAUAUCUUUUUGGCCUUUAUAUAUGUGUAAGCAGGCUGAUCGAGGAUAUGUAGUGCUCAGAUGAUGAAAUGGUUUUUCUGUUUAAUCAAUGGAUGUGAAUUGGAUGUUAA